GAGCCACUGAGUCUGCGAGCGCUCAAGUUUGGGUCGCAGUUCUCGGAGCACAUGCUGCUGGUGCCGUGGCGCCGCCAGCACGGCUGGUCCAGCCCUGUCAUCAAGCCCGUUGCGCCGCUGCCGCUGCACCCUGCCGCUCAGGUGCUGCACUACGGCAUGGGGUGCUUUGAGGGCAUGAAGGCGUUCAAGUCAGGCAGCGGCAUCAUCCGUCUCUUCCGCCCCGACAAGAACAUGGACCGCCUCGCCUCCUCCUGCCACCGCCUCAACCUCCCCGCUUUCAACACCGUGGAGCUCCUAGAGUGCAUCAAAGCCCUGCUCAAGGUGGACGAGCACUACAUCCCAGCAGCGCACGGCUUCGCAGCCUACAUCCGCCCCACCGUCAUCGCCACCACGCCCUUCCUGGGCGUCGGGCCCCCCACAGACGUGCUCCUCUACGUGCUUCUCUCCCCCGUGGGGCCCUACUUUCCCUCCGGUCUCAAGCCCAUCCGCCUGCUCGUGGACCAGGAGCAUGCGCGCGCGUUCCCGGGGGGCGUGGGGGAUAAGAAGGUGGCUGGGAACUACGCGCCGACGAUCCUGCCGCAGGUGCAGGCUGCGCACAAGGGGUGCUCCCAGGUGCUGUAUGUGCUGAAGGAUCGAGAGGUUGCGGAGGGCGCAGGAGCGGAAGCAGGAGCAGGGGGAGGAGUAGCAGGGGCAGAGGACGGGGAGGAGGAUGGGUUGAUUGGCGAGUCGGGGUCGAUGAAUGUGUUCUUUGUGGUGCGCAAGGAGGGAGGGGCGAAGCACGGCACGAGUGGAGUGGAGCUGGUGACUCCGAGUCUGGACGGCAUGAUCCUGCCGGGUGUGACUCGAGACUCGGUGCUGCAGCUCGCACGCGCAUGGGGCGAUAUGGACGUCUCUGAACGGCCGAUCCGACUCAAGGAGAUCCGGCAAGCGCACAAAGAAGGGCGGCUGCUGGAGAUCUUUGGCACGGGCACAGCCGUGGUGGUACAGCCCGUGUCCGCCCUAGUCCUUCCCGACGGCACGGAGCUUUCCACGCCCGUGGAAGACGCCACGCUGGCGCACUGGACCAGCAAGAAGCCCGGACAGGUGUGGAACAAGCCUGAGGAUUGGGAGCCACUCAGUGUGGCGGCUCGCGUGCACCGCGCGCUGAUGGAUAUUCAGUAUGGGCUUGUGGAGCACCCGUGGAGCGUGAAGGUGGAGUGA